AUGGGUUUAUGUUCUUCAUCUUAACAGAAACAACCAAGACCAUUGAUUAGAUUAGUGAAAGUUGAGAUGGACAAUAAAGAUGUUAAUUAUUUAUAAACUUUAAAUCUUUGGAGAACCAUUGACAAAUAAAUAGUCUUGCUUAAAAAUAACCAUUAGAUUUCAUCAAAGUUAUUAAAUUAAACUGAUCAGAUCAAUACUUUCUUAAUAUUAAACUAAGGAUAGAACUUAAAAAAAAACUUAUAGACCUUUUUUAAACUAUUUGAUGAUUUUUAAAUUUCAUUUACUUAGGAAAUUAUGCAAAAUGAAUCAAUUUGGGUUAAUUAUUCUUGUAUAUUUAAAAAUCUUGAUUAAUUAUGUGAAAAUUUUGCUGACAUAGGUUUUUGUUCAAAAGGUAUAUAAUUAAAAUAAUAAAUUAGUUUAAACUUAGUCUUUAACUAAAUAUUGA